CCAUAUGUAUUUAUGCAGCUGAAACAGAGUUUUUGUCCCUAUUAGCUUUGACCUUGGUGAAGUCUUUUUAUUUUUUCUAGCCCUGAGUAGCAAACUUCGGUCAAAUCGAUAGCGAGUGAGUGGGGAGAGUAUAUAGGCGUCGGCCGCAGUGGGGCAAAUUUUCUAUUAUUCUUCCCGAGAUGGACAGUGAUGUAGCUGUGUUUGAGUGCCGGAGUGGAAAAGACUUUGGGAAUCAAAGAUUUGAACCUGAAAGCAUUAAAUUGACUAUGUUUUGAAACGAUGGAGAAAGAAAAGCACAAAAUUCAAAAAUGGCGUUACUGCGAUGGCAGCAACAAUGGCCACACUGCUUUCUGGUUAAUUGACUUCUGAAGCAAUGGUUUUACAGCUCUGCAAGCAUUAUCUCUUCUUGGAAUUAGUAAGCGAUACCCAACGCCCAGCAUGGAGGUCUCAAACCCAUUAAGCAUUCGUAGGAGACAAGGGAGGGAGCUUGAUAGGCAAAGGUGAGUCCGACGCUCAUUGUUUCCCAGGAUAAUUCAGUAACAAACAAGUGGUAUGUCAAACAUAAAAAGAUAUAUAUUCAAAUUGACCCAAUUUAUUAGUCUCAUUUGGGAGUAAGUUAGCUUUGUUAGAUCUGAGAGUCAGCUCAGCUCAGCUCGUAUCUGGGAGGGUAUUCGAAAUCGGUGCAUGGUUGAAAACAGAUAUAGCUCGGUAGGCGUUAUGAUGAAAAUUCUCUAAGCUGAUUGACGAUCACCCUGUCAGAUCCGAUAGUUCUGUGACUUGCUGUCAUCAAACUCUGCGUGUGUACAUCGUCGUUUACUGCCUCCCUUAAAUGCUAUUUUGUUGGGUUUGAUGCUUCUUGUUGGGAUUUGACAAAAGAAGUGAGAGAUUACGUACUCCUUACUGCCCUUCUCUCACUCUUUCUGUCUUUACAAAUAUACAAAUAUAACUACCCCGGAGCUCCUCAGUUAAAGCAGAAACCAGAACAAGGGGGAAAGUUUCCAACUUUCACCAAUUAAGCGAAUAAAGAGAGAGACAAAGAGAGACAGAGAGAGAGUGGGUCAUGCAUCUUCUCUGAUAUAACAAUAACAUGAAUCCCCUCUAGCUUUGAGCCUACCCAUCUCAUAUCCGUUAUGUGAAUCCCAGGGUGGCUUCGUUUUGGCGUUAAUUUGUUAAUGCUUUGUUCUCUUCUCAGUCUCUGGCACAAGUUAUUAUUAUGGCUGUUCAAGCACAGUUGUAUCCUGAGAAUUUGGGUUUGCCCAUGUGUGGCUUACAGGACUGCAUGCCAUAUCCUCUUCCUGCUUCUGAUACUGAUAUUUCUUUCACUCUUCAUCACCAUGAACGUCAACAUCCUCGUUUUGCUCAUCUGCAACAAACUUCUCAGAACUUGGCUCUUGAUUGCAAUAGGGGAGCUUCUUCUUCAUCCAGUUGUUGUAGGAGUAUUUUCUCCAUGACUCUUUCUCAAUCUUUAGGUGCUCAGCUUGAGUUGCAAAGGCAAGAGAUUGACUGCAUUCUCCAAAUGCAGAAUGACAGAUUGAGAUCUGCUUUGCAAGAACAAAGAAAGCAGCAACUGGUAAUCGUGCUAGAGAACAUGGAAUCAAAGGCCAUGAAUUUGAUGAGGCUAAAAGAGGAAGACUUGGCACAAGCAAGGAAGAAAAGAAUGGAGCUAGAAGUUUAUCUGCGAAAAGCGGAGAUGGAAAGCGAGUCAUGGCAAAGAGUGGCUAAAGAAAAUGAAGCAAUGGUGAUGGAUCUAAGCAACACACUUGAACAGGUGCGACAGAGAAAGGUGUUGGUCAGCAACAACAGAGCAUAUGGUGCAGAGUCCUGUUCUGGUUCAUGGUAUGAAGAAGAAGUGAAAGAAGAGAACAGAAAGAUUGCUUGUAAAAGAUGCAAUUUUAGGAACUCGUGCAUUAUUUUUCUGCCUUGCAGACACCUCUGUUCGUGCAGGCUUUGUGAAGCCUCUCUUGAUUUUUGUCCUGUAUGUAACUCUGCAAAGGAGACAAGCAUGGAGGUGUUUUGGUUUUAACAAAAAGUAAAACAGCUACCUUACAAAUUUUCUUUGCUUUUUAAGGGUUUAUUUUGCUCUGCAUUACCCGUAAUAUGAAUUGAAAUGAUGAUUAGUAUCA